AAAGACAACAAAAUUAUGGAACAAGUUUAUGAAGAGGCUAGAUUACAUAAAGACAUAGUCCUAGGUAUUAUAGACGAAAAUCGUCGAUCUUUAACUGAAAAAACUGUAUUAGGUAUGCUCUGGGCACAACUAUAUUGCCAACCGACAUUUUUUUAUAAAGGAGAUGACGAUGUGUGGGUGAAUCAAUUUCGUUUAUAUAUAUAUGCCUUGCAAGCUAAUCGAUCAUUUGAAGCACCAACCAAUAGCUUCUGGAGAGGAUUUGUAGCCGUUGAUAAUCGUAAACCUAUUCGUAAUAAAAAUAGCAAGUACUAUUUAUCGAUGCAGGACUUUAGUGAAGAUCUUUUUCCACCCUUCUGUUCCGGUUUUGCUUACAUCUUAUCAAAUCAUGUCCUACAAGAAAUGACACGAAUGAUAAAGGAAGUUGAGAUGAUUCCACUUGUCGAUGAUGUAUAUGUUGGAUUACUCGCUAAUAAAUCUGGUAUUAGA